AGGACUCUGUCUACUACAUUUCCAGUGGUUCAAUGCGCGGCUCUGUAGGGUUUGUCUGACAGGCUCAGAUAUUUGGUGGGCAGUAGCCUAUGCGUGAAGGUGGCGGGCUGCCUGCUUUUGCGAUCCUCUGUCUGGAGUUUCCACCCGUGAAUUAAUGACAAAGGUUCAGCUCCAUGUUGCAGCUUUCAUGCAUUGAUGGAAAUUAUAUUCCUUCGCGCUAGCCUACUCUUGCAGCGGACGACACGUUUUGUUUUCUUAUUUACGGAGAGACGCGCUCAACUGUUCCUUUCAUGGAUGUUGCAUUUGGUGGCUGCAUUGUAUUUGAUUCGACGGGUGUUUCAGCAUUUAAACUGAAGCAGGGUAUCAUGCGAUGUAAUCUGUGGACAUUUCCAAACCAUUAUCCUUGGCUGCCAAGGGGUAGAAGGACACAUGAUGAAGAACGUGUUUGUUAUUUUUCAGAAACAACACGAAUUUUGGUGUUGGUUGGAUGCUAUUUGGGGUUGCUUACAGAUCGUAUUUGAUGCAUGGUAAAUAACGUCGAUUUAUGAUUGGAUUUGCAGUCAGUCUGUCGCCAAAAACCAAAUUCGAAAUUCAUAUUUUGAUUUUCCGACACAGGAACCGUUUAAUUCAAUAGCCUAGCUUAGCCUACCUGUCAUCGUGAAGGCAAGUUGCUCGCUUUUCUUUUCCCUGCUUCAUAAGUCUACUGCUGCACAGUUUCACGUGCGAAACAAAAUGUAGCCUGUAGGCUAUAAUUAAGCACUGGCUGAACUUAUCGUGAGAAGAUAUUCCCUUUUCUUGAGACCUCUCUCAAUUCACCCUUCCAAAGUUAGGACACGCGUCUGUCUGUCCCUUCCGUUGUUAUGGUCUCCAGUGAUUGCCCUUGAAUUUCUUUUCUGUUUGGGCCUCGACAGCAAUAGACAGAUGCAUUUCGGAGUUGAUGAGCCCGUUCGGGAAUGUCAGUACAGUCAGGUCUGCACGCGAAAUUCAUCGCCUAUGGAGACGCCACAUAAGAAGAUCUACACGCGAAAGUGGCGAGUAUUCCCUGGACGGAACAAGUUCUACUGCGAUGGGAGGAUAAUGAUGGCAAAGCAGACUGGUGUCUUUUACCUCACCAUGGUUCUCAUCAUGGUCACCAGUGGACUCUUCUUCGCAUUUGACUGUCCGUUCCUGGCGUCGAAUCUGACCCCUGCCAUCCCGGCCAUAGGAGGGGUUCUGUUCUUCUUCGUGAUGGGCAUGCUGCUGAGGGCGAGCUUCAGCGACCCUGGCGUGCUUCCUCGGGCCACGCCAGAUGAGGCGGCAGACCUGGAGAGACAUAUAGAUGCGACGAACGGGCCAAGUGGGCCAGGGUACCGGCCUCCCCCCAGGACCAGGGAGGUGGUCAUUAACGGACAGACGGUGAAGCUCAAGUACUGCUUUACCUGCAAGAUCUUCAGGCCCCCAAGAGCCUCCCACUGCAGCCUGUGUGACAACUGUGUGGAUCGGUUUGACCACCACUGUCCGUGGGUGGGCAACUGUGUGGGCCGACGGAACUACCGCUUCUUCUACCUCUUUAUCCUCUCGCUCUCCUUCCUCACUGUCUUCAUCUUCGCCUUUGUCAUCACCCACGUCAUCCUCCGAUCCAAUCGCACGGGCUUCCUGAGUGCACUCAAAGACAGUCCUGCCAGUGUGCUGGAGGUGGUGGUGUGCUUCUUCUCCGUCUGGUCUAUUGUGGGCCUCUCAGGCUUCCAUACAUAUCUCAUCAGUUCCAACCAGACCACCAAUGAGGAUAUAAAGGGCUCGUGGUCGACCAAGCGAGGGAAGGACAACUACAACCCUUACAGCUACGGCAACAUCCUCACUAACUGCUGCGCUGCCCUCUGUGGCCCACUGCCACCAAGUUUGAUUGACAGGAGAGGCUUCCUCCAGCCCGAUACCCCACAGCCUGUCUGUCACUCCAACGGGACCAGCAUAUACACCCCCACCCAGCUUCAUGCUCACAUGUGUGACCAGCACCAGUGCAUUCAGAGCACCAAAUUCGUUUUGCAGGCUGCCGCCACGCCGCUGCUCCACACCGACUCCGUCAUCCUGCCGGCCGCGGCGGUGGGCCACGCGCUCCCGGGGAAGAGCUCGCUGGUGGGGCCCUGCGCCUCGCUGGGCCCGGGUGGACAGCCCCCGCCGUCGUCGUCGCUGGCCUCGCUGCCCUCGUCCAUGCCCGGCCUGACGUGCGCGGGCGAGCUGCUGGCUCUGCGGAGCGACGCGGACCCGCACUGCCACCACCACCACUUGGCCAGCCCCGAGGAGACGCCCUCGCCGCCGUCGCCGCCUCCGCACUCCGCCCUGGUGGUGGCCGCCAUGCCAUGUCCGGCGCACGGCCCGCACCCGCCGCCACACCUCCACCCCGCCCAGCUCUACAACCCCGCCAGCCAGGACUCCCUGCACGAGGACUCGGUCAGAGGCCUGAUCAAGCUCAGCUCGGUGUGAGCCGGACACCCUGACCCCCCCCUCCUCUCUCUUGCACUACAUUACCCAGACGGAUGAAGCCAAGCUAGACAGCCUAAAGGACCCGCCCUGACUCUCCUAGAUUUACCGAGUCGCUUUCCGUGGUGAAUUACAGUGCGACCGGGCCAAGCACUGACCACUAUAGAGGUCUGCACCGGUGCUCCUUCUCCACACAGCAGUGCCAAGCUGUCAUCUCAACUUAUAUUAGGGUGCUCUGUGGACUCGUUGCUAAAAGGCCUGUUUUGUGGAGGUUCCCAUCAGCAUAUGGAUGAGCUGGACACACACUCACCUCACUACGUGUCCUCUGUGACCAAGCCCUCUCAUAUCGUGACACUCAGUAUUCUGCACACAUCUCCUCUGAUUGUUGUGGUCAUUGGAAAAUGGCCAUUAGAAGGUGAACUCUGAAGGUUAUCUUCUUACAUCGAAAAUGCCUGAUAAAGAGUUUGUGUGUGUGUGUGUGUAGGGGUGUGUAUGUGUUUUUUUUUUUUUACUAAAAGCAGGACUUGAAUGCCUCAAUUGGAUGCUGAAGACUGAUGGUCCACUGCCUUUUUGUAUGAUCUCAGAUGUCCAGUAGUCUCCUGCUGACCCUGAGCAGUUAAGCAAUGUUAAUCAACUCACUUAAAGCAUCACAAUGUACAAGAUGUUACAUUAUUGGUAGAAUGUGAUGAUGCCAAAUCAGGCAGUCGUGCCCGAGUGCCAGGUGGUGAUGUGCCAAGGACUAUUCAGAUUUCUGAACUGUGUUAGUGAUUUCAAGUGGAUAUUAUUAAAUUUACAACUUUUU